AUGUCGAGCAAAGGACCCGUACUUGGGAGCCUCGCUGUUCAAGGACCAACACUUACACCUCAAAUCGUUCAUGUCUCUAAAUCGACAUGUUCAGAUCUGUCAUUAUUUAAAGAGUUGCUGAGGGAAUAUCGGAUGCUGGAUGAUACAAUAAAUAUGCGACUCAAUCGGGCUGGCGCAGCUAUUCGCGACCAGGAACGUGAACGGCCGGGGAAGACAACAGUGCAAGAUCAAGCUUGUGGACGUAUUUGGCAGGAACUUACCGCAAACUGGAAAAGAAGGCAACAACUUAUUGAAUAUUGUGCAUCCGUGAUCGAUGAAACGGUGAAUGAGAAGCAAGAGAUCAUUCAAGCCCCGGACGCGAGCCCUGCUGCAACUCGCAAAGCUAUCGCCGAGAAAUAUACCGAACAAGUCAAGCGUAACCAGAUACACAACGAAUUGACAGUAGAAAUGAUAACACGAAAACGAUCUCUCGAAGCUUUCAAGACUCGAUGUAAGUACUUUGCCCCACCGUUCAACGACGUUGAAGGUCAGAAAUUGUGGGACGAGCAACGGCCUGUUCAGUGA